ACGGUGACAUUUACCUUUUUCAAUUUUCCUUUCCAGAUAUGUUUGGUGGAAGCGAGAUCCCGCUAUUGCAAGAAGUUGAAGAUACAAUCACAGACACUCAAGGGGAAAAAGAGGGUGUGAACUCCCAGCCUCUUAGCAAUACCACCGAAGUUGAAACCCUUAAAAUUCUUAAUGAAUUUUUCGAUGAAAGCUUUUCUUCUGGAGGUACUUCAUAUGACAGGAAAUUUUUGAAUGAUACUCUAUUCAUGGGUCACGACCCAAUGUGGUCUGGCGCAGAAGAUGGGGCACUACAGAAAAAUCAAAAAGAUGCCGGAUCAGAUGAGGUGACCUCUGGCCCUGGGAUGAUUGACGUGGCGGUCCAUCUCCACUGCUUUUUCGAAGACGACAAAAACUCCGUAGAUUUUAAGCCACCUCUUGUGCUUGAAAAAAAUGCUCGAAAUCUUGAGCGAGCAGAUUCUCUCUCUGUAUCUCCUGCAGGAAAAUCACCAAGUGAGCAAGGAGUCCACGAUGUCCUCAUACCAGGCUUUGAAUUUGAUGACGGAUUUGAUGAAAUAAUUGAUGAUCCCAAACCACCAUUGGCGGGAAGGAAAAGACCUUGGCCAAUUGAUGAAGCCGUUCCACUUAUAGUUGCUGAUCAUUACUCCGAGGAGGAUGACCGUGGCAAAGACUUUUGUGCUCCAAGUUCAACUGAAGCACAACCCAACGAUCAGACUGUUACCUUCCGUUCUUCCGGGAAAGCUGUCUCCUUCUCAUGUGCCCCUGAGGCAACUGGAAAAGAUCUGCGGCAUGUGGUGAAAGCAAAUUUGGUUCUGGAACUGCUUGAUCUCGAGUCCAUCGAUUCAUAUUCGUUCUUUACUGGUGGCAGACGCUUUGAAGACGAUGAGCAGGUCGUGCCAAACUUGGUUCUGGAUAUGGUUGGCCUGCCAAGUGGUCCAAAGAGGCGUAAACUGGAAAUAGAAAAGAAAAAGAAAAAGGGCAAUUAAACUUACAGUUACAUACAUGACACUGGAACAAGGGCAUGGCUUACUCAAAUACAAGUGUUAUGAAUUGAAAAAAAAUUAUCAUGUAUUACCUGAAGCUAUCUUUUGAAGUUGUUGGUUUUGACCCAAAGUGUUUCUUAAAAAUCAAAAUUUAGACAUUGGUUGUUUAAGUAAUCAUGUUCCCGUUGAUUCUGUAUUUGAAAUGAAAUUGUUGACGACAAGUUUGUUUUGACCAAGUGUGUCACGAGUAUGUUUUGGUGCAUUUUGAAAAAGAUUGUGUGAAAACCAUUCGUUUGUUAUUGUUUCGAUCUGUUUAAUUUUAAUUAAUUUUAAUUUUGUUUAAUCUUAAAAGAAAGUUAAGUUUUGCUAAGUCUGAUAUCAACUAUGGUAUACGUUAUCAGUUUGUCUUGAGAUCAUUUUAUCGUAAGGCCAUAUGAAUUUGAUUGUUUGUAUAACAGACACAGAGGGAAGAGCAUGUGUGUCAGAAAAACAGAAGAGAAAAACACAGUUUUUGAAAUUGAAACGAAAGGCUUCACAAUCAGACUCCUAUGGACCACAUCCUCAUUUAUAAGGGACCAGGCUCCCAAGUUCCAAGUCUGUUGCUGAUGUGUAUAGCGGAUACACGAACUAGUAAAUGCUUUUAUCUUAAUCUCCAUGUACAUUUACACUAGACCUUUCUGUACGGUAUUGAAGUAAAAGCAUUUGCUGGUCUUUAUUCAUAUAACCCAUUGUAUAUCAUGGAGAGAACUGUCUGAUAUAUGCAUGGUUUUUUUCUUAGCCUUGUGCCUUAUGCUAGAUGCAACCAAUACACAUAAGAUGUGCUUUUGCUAAUGCUUUUGCUAGUUUAUAUUACCAGUAUGUGCCAUAUGUACUUUAAGAAUUUUACACAAUUUCUUAUGAAAUGUUUCCAGUGAGGCAUAAGAUAUUUCACUGCUGCCUAUCAUGACAUGUAUAACAUGUGAAAUAAGUGUGCUGUA